AUGUCUCCCGCCGCCGUCACGGAUCUGCCUCCGGUCAACGCCGGCCUCCCCGAGUCCCGCGUCCUCAUCAUCGGCACCGGAGGCACAAUAUGCAUGCAGGAAGGCCCCGAUGGCCUCGCGCCCAGCGACGGCUUCUUGGAGAGCGCCAUGGCGCCCAGGACCGUGUUUAAUGACAAUUCAGAGCCAAUCAAACUCCAAGCCCGCCGCAACGGCCAGCUCAUCCAGCUCGACUCCCUCAGAACCCCCCCAACCGCCUACCAGCGCCACAUCCGCUACUCCGUCAUGGAGUUCAACCCGCUCCUCGACUCCAGCAACAUCUCCGCCGCCGACUGGGCCGCAAUGGCCACCGCCGUCCAGGAAAACUACCACCUCUUCGACGGCUUCGUCAUCCUCCACGGCACCGACUCCCUCGCCUACACGGCCUCGGCCCUGUCCUUCAUGAUGGCCAACCUGGGCAAGCCCGUCAUCCUGACCGGGUCGCAGGCGCCCAUCUUCGCCCUCCAGUCUGACGCCGUCGACAACCUUCUGGGCUCGCUCAUCAUCGCCGGCACCUUUGUCAUCCCCGAGGUCUGCCUCUUCUUCCGCGACAAGCUGUAUCGCGGCAACCGCACCACCAAAGUCUCCGCCACCUCCUUCGAGGCCUUUGCCAGCCCCAACUGCGAGCCCCUGGCCAAGGUAAACGGCCUCGGCAUCAGCGUCAACUGGCCGCUGGUCCUUCGUCCCACCACCAUUGCCGAGUUCAAGGUCUUCAAGCACCUCGACACCACGCACGUCGCCUGUCUGCGCGUCUUCCCCGGCAUCAAGCCCGAGAUGGUCGACGCCGUCCUCCAUCUGCCCGACCUCCGCGGCAUUAUCCUCGAGACCUUCGGCAUGGGCAACAUCCCCGGUGGUGUUGACGGCCGCCUCAUGGAAGCCAUCCGCUCCGCCGUCGAGCGAGGCAUCAUCGUCGUAAACGUCAGCCAGUGCGUCAACGGCUUCGUCUCCCCCGUCUACGCACCCGGAACCAAGCUCGGCCGCCUGGGCGUCAUCUUCGGCCUCGAUCUCACCGCUGAGGCCGCCCUCGCCAAGCUCUCGCACCUCAUCGCCCUCCCCAACCUCACCCAGAAGGACAUCGCCAGCGAGUUCUCGCGCUCUCUCCGCGGCGAGAUGACCGAGAUUGCGCACCAGAGCUUCUCCCACCCGACAAAGCCCAUCGACUGCAGCUCUCGCCUCACCCCCAUGGAGUCUGCCUUCACGGCGCUCGGCUACGCCAUCCAAAACGGAGAGAUCCAGGUCGUCAAGGAUCUCCUCGACGGUGACGGCAACCAGCUCCUCAAGACGGCCGACUAUGCAGGCAACACCGCCGUCCAUCUCGCCGCCGUAUCAGGCAACUCCGAAAUCAUGCUCGAGCUCCUGAAGCGCGGUGCGAGCGUGCACCAGCGCAACAGGGCAGACAACUCGCCUCUGUUCCUAGCGACGCUGUCGGGAAAAGACGACUGCGCCAAGCUUCUCAAGACGGCAGGCGCCCAUCUUUCCGUCGAGGAGAUUGAGAGGGGGCCCCUGGCCAAGUAUCGUCGAGAGCGCGAAGUGCCAGCGAAUGAAGGAGAGCCCCAUUCCAUUUCCUUUGCUUGA